AGGAGGCCUUGGACAUUAAAGGGGUUGGGGGGGUGGAAAGAUGAAGGAACCUCAGAGAGUGGGCUUCUGCUAAACGGACUAGGCCGAAAAUUACCUGUUUCGCUUCAGGGGGCGCUGGCUGGGCAGGCGCCAUCGCCUGCACAGGCCCGGCCGGCAUGGCGGCUCUUCGCUCCGACGUUAGACGCGCGGCGCUCAACAAAACACCGAGCUCGGCGACAAAAUGGCGUCGCCGUCGGCCGUGGCUGCGCGCGCACGCAGAGCGGUCACGUCAAAGGAAGGAGGAGCGGUAUAAAUAUGGAGGUGGGGCUGUUUGGCGCAUGCGCGUUGUCCUCUUCGAGUCCGUUUGAGGCACAGGAGACGAUGAGAGUCUGCGGCUCCCCUGAUUCUUCACAUAAAGUUAAGGCAAAUACUUUCAGAGCCUUUAACCUAGACUUCCGGUCCCCAGCCCAUUAUUUGUUUAUGUCCUUCCAAAUCAAAACAUGAUUUUAAAAUAAAAUAAAGGAUACACCUGACCUAUGCAUGUUUACUCGAAAGUAAGUCUCAUCCUGUUCUAAUAUAAGGCACAGUAAUAGAUGAGUUUCACCCUGAGGGAUGUCAAGGGAACACCUCCUUCCACCCAGCACUCCGUAGAGAAUCCUGGCCAAUAUCGUUGUGAGCGGGGGCAAAUGCGAUUAUUAUUAUUUUUGCAUGCAUCUGAUUUUUAAAAACAGUUUGUCAGACUUUUUACGUUUUUGCAUUCUCUUUCUCACAUCCCCCCCCCCUCCCACCCGGAUUUCGUUCUGAUCUAGCGGCCCAAUUAUCUAACUUUCAUGCAUCUGAUCAAGGAAACUCUGCUAUCGCAGUAUGUACAUCCCUUAGGUCUUUAAAAUGCCACAAUAAAUAUCUUGGAUCUUCGAAGUGUCGGAAGACACUUGGACAUCCCCCUGCCCUCCCGGAUUCCUUCCCUAAGAUGGCUCCGCUCUGCAUAGAGCGACUGGUCAAACGCGAACCGAACGUUUUGUGAAACACAGGUUUUCCUAAAUCUCUAUAGAGAAGGCAGGAGGGCGGGGCUUAUCGGCUGAGUAGCAAAGAGGGCGGGGCUUAUCCGCUCAGUUGCAACGGGGGCGCGCCUAAGAAGCUCUCGGGGUUGCCAUGGCAGCGGCGGCUUGGGAAGAGCGGAAGAGCCUGGCUGCGGCGGCGGCUGUUUGGCAGGUGGGUCUUGCCCACCUCGUCCCUCCUUUGGGCGGGAAGGUGAGGAAGUCUAUUAUUCUCGCCAGCCUAGGCUACUCGUGGCACUGCACCCCAGUCAGGACCCUCCUCCCAUCAACCCAUCUGGGCGGAGAUCCACCCCCCCCGCAAUAGGGACCCUUUAAUGGCACUUCAGCAAGUGUGUGUCUGAGCAUGUGAAGAGUGCCUUCCUUCCUUCCUUCCACCUCCUCCCACCCCCAGGGGUGCUGUUAACAACCCUAACAAAUCAUAUUUAGCAUUUAUAGGAAAUCCUAACCUAGUACAGUGGUACCUCAGGUUAGAUACACUUCAGGUUACAUACGCUUCAGGUUACAGACUCCACUAACCCAGAAAUAGUGCUUCAGGUUAAGAACUUUGCUUCAGGAUGAGAACAGAAGUCGUGCUCCGGCGGCGCGGCAGCAGCAGGAGGCCCCAUUAGCUAAAGUGGUGCUUCAGGUUAAGAACAGACCUCCAGAACGAAUUAAGUACUUAACCCGAGGUACCACUGUAUGCACAAAGGUAUACAAAGGUGGCGCUGUGGUCUAAACCACUAAGCCUCUUGGGCUUGCUGAUCGGAAGGUCGGCGGUUCGAAUCCCCGCGAAGGGGUGAGCUCCUGUUGCUCUGUCCCAGCUCCUGCCAGCCUAGCAGUUUGAAAGCACACCAGUGCAAGUAGAUAAAUAGGUACCGCUCCAGCGGGAAGGUGAACGGCAUUUCCAUGCGCUCUGGUUUCCGUCAUGGUGUUCCAUUGCACUAGAAGCGGUUUAGUCCUGCUGGCCACAUGACCCGGAAAGCUGUCUGUGGACAAAUGCCGACUCCCUAGGCUUGAAAGCAAAAUGAACGCCCCAACUCCAUAGUCGCCUUUGACUGGACUUAACCAUCCAGGGGUCCUUUACCUUUAGUAUGCACAAUGUCCUGAGAAUUGGUUUCCUUGUGUGAAGGUUGCUUCCUAAUAAAAUGUGUGUAGGAGGAUUGCAUCCCAUAUUAUACAGUAGCAUGCCUGCCAAAUGCUAGUUUUUAGAGGCCGUCUCUUCAGGUUGCAAGAUGCAGCACAAAUUUAGCAAGCAGGGAGCAAAUUAAGUUAAUCAUGCCUACUUUGCAAGUUUUUGAGACUGCUGACAAGACAAUGUGUUUUGUACACUGCUAUAAAGUAAUGGAGAAAAAUAGUGUUUAUUGGGGAAAUUUAUGCUGCUGCAAACUCUAGUGGCUCACAAUUUUUCUGGUUGUACAACCUAGUGAAAUCAGGGUUAGGGAGGAAUGUGGCCUGGGGAAUGUUUUGAGAGCUGGAUAAGGGGUGGCUGAAAGGCUACAUUCAAAUCUGAGGCCGCAGGUUCCCCAAGCUUGUAAUACGGUUGGGGCAUGAUUUGUAAGGAACUCAGGAAGGAAACUUAACCUUUCCCCUCUUGCGACUUUCCCCCUGCCUUGACUAGCCUGAUGAAGGUAGGUGGUCUUGCUUGUACCUUUCCCAGGAACAUCUGCCCUAAGACCCGGUUGGUGGUUGGUGGAAUGACAUCAGCGUGGCAACAUGGUGACCUUGCUGGUUAACCAAAACUACAUGGAGAGUCUGCGGAAGGACAUCACAGAUCUGCAGGGAACCGUCCUCAGCGUCUUCACCCGAGCCGGGGCUGUUCGCUACCCGUCCUGGAAGUUUCCUGAUAAGUUGUCCUGUGACCUGGACUUGGUUGCUUUGCUUGAGCACUACGACUUUGCACAGAAUGACCCUGAGUUUACCCAUCAUUCCCACGUGGUUCUUCUGGAACUAGUGAUUGACAGGUGAGGGUAGGUCCGGCGGUUCUGCAAUGAUUCCUUGUUGAGCCACUCUUAACUUGGAACGGAAGUAAACCCCAACGAAUGUGCCAGGUUUUGAAUUAGAUUACUGCAUCCAUUAUAUAUGUGGGAAUGUUGUGGAUACUUGGAGAGGAUAUAUUGAUUAAAUGUUAUCCUUCCUAACUCACACUAGUGAGUCACACACACACACAUAUACCGUAUUUUCCCCGCUAUAACACGCAGAUUUUUUCUCCUAAAAAGUAAGGGGAAAUGUCUGUGCGUGUUAUUGAGCGAAUGUGUGGUCCCUGGAGCUGACAGGCGCGAGUGAAGGCAAAAAUCAGGCAAAUAUCAAAUCCUCCGGAGAAGGGAAGCCUUGAAAAGAAGAAGCUGCUGCUUUCCUGCAUUCUGCCUCAGGGUCUUACCGCCCACCCGCUUCUGUUUCGAUACUGUGUUUGCUCAAACGGAACAAAGAGCAGAGAAAACCCCUCCCCUCCAGGCAAGCAGAGGGGAAAGCAGAGCGUCCUUCCUUCUAAUUCCUCUCAGUGCUCCGGUGCUGCUGCUGUGUCUAGGGACUCGCGGGCAACAUGCAGGUGGGGGGGGGGAGAGAGAGAGAGAGAGCUGGCUUGGGUGGGUGGGGGGGGAGCUUUUGCCUUCCUUUCCUCCCUCCGGUUAAACCCCUCUCCUGCAUUCUUAGCCAGCUGCUUCUCCGCACACCCCUCUCGGUGCUCCUUGUCCCUUCUAUGUUUUUCCUUCCCUCCCCACUGAAAACGUGGUUAUAAAGCAUGGAUCCACAUGGAUCCUCAGGAUCUUUGCAUUGGGUCACCCCAAAUUCACCAUCAGAUCACAUAGCAUGUCCAUGGCUACAGCCUGCACGAAAAAAAUCACGCACCCACUGUUGCCUGGGGCUGCAAUGGUGCAAAAACGUGGUUACAAAGCACAGAUCCACAUGGAUUCUCAGGAUUUUUGCAUUGGGCUACCCCAAACUCACCGUCAAAUCACAUGUCUGUGGCCACAGCAUGAAGCACAAAAAUGAUACAUCCACUGUUUCAUUCAGAAUUUUUUGUUUUUGUUUUCCUCCUCUAAAAACUAUGUGCGUGUUAUGGUCAGGUGCGUGUUAUCGAGCGAAAAAUACAGUAUAUAGCAGAGCUCAUCCCCCUUUACACAGUAGAAAGCUGGUUGGUAGAUUUGUUUGAAUCUCUUUACUUAAGCAAUCCAAUCUGGCUUUGUUCAGAUUGGAGUAUAUUCCUGGUAAGACCCCUUUUAUCCCUCCUAAAAAGAAUAAAGACACAAGAAGCUUCUUUUAAAAGUAGUAAGAAGUUUACUCACAUUCAGUUCACAGUUGGAUUCCUGAAGGCAGGCUUUAGCUUGUAGUUACAGAUACAGUGUGGCUUACAUCCUUGUAAGGAUGGGCCCAUGUGCUGCUGGUAGAGAGCCAGCAGUGAAGUCCAAGAGAAGAAAAGGCAUCAAGAGAGGAAGGUAGCUGCGAGACUUACCUUUUGUGAGAUCUCCAAGGGUCAUGCCCACCUACCUGGUCACAUGCAGGGGGAAGAUGCUCCAGACCAGGUGUAACAGGAAGUUCAACUGGCUGGAUCAACGUCCCCAUCUGUGUCCACUCUAGGCAAACAGGAAGUGUUGUACUUGACUGCUUAUGUUAUAUCCCACAGUAUAUGGGGUUUUCUUUAAAGAAGAGGGGCUGUAGCUCAGUGGCAGAGCAGUGCCAGGUUCCAUCCCUAGCACCGCCAGGUAGGGCUGGGAGAGACCUCUGUCUGAAAACCCUGGAGAGCUGCUGCCAGUCAGUGUAGACAGUACUGAGCUAGAUAGACCAAUGGCAGCUUCCUACAAUCCUGUCUGGAAACUUCAGCUGGCUCAGAACACAUUUGAGGGUGUGGUGGUUGGUUUUGAGAACAUUUUUUGGUCUGCUGCCAGUAGCUGCUUUGGGCUUCCUUUCGGAAAGAAAAUUGGGGUUCAAAAGCAAACUACAAAACUAAAGCAGGAUGUCCUUUCUGUCCUCUGAAGGUUGCUGCUGCUGCUCCAAAGCUUCACCAGAUACACGGAGAACCUAGUCAGUGAACAAGCCAUGCCCCCAUCCAGAACAACAGGACCAUGCAUGUCUAUCGGGCUGGCUGUGAAGAAGUACUGGAACAGCAUGCUGAAAUUGGGAUCCCUCUACCAGCAGCUGGCUUCUGAGGUAGGCUGCCCUGCAUGCACACUGGAGGAAAACCAGUCUGCUUCUGCAUGCACACUGACCAAAUGUUCCUCUGGCCAGUUAGGUGUGGUUUAUCUCCCUUCUCCAAGCAGUGGGAAAGUACCAAGAAUAUUUCCAUGCAAAUCUGAAAGCACCAGGGAAGUCUACUGCUGAAAGACGACCCCCCCCCCCCCGAAGAUGCAGGGCUGGCUGUACAGGUGCUUGAGGUUCCAAUCUGAUCUUCUUCUUUCUUCUUUGGCGAUCACUCGUAGCUGAGUAAGAUUGUCUUCCAUAAACACGGUUUUAACAGUGAGUCUGUAAGUGACUGUGGAGGCUAACUCUGGAUCCACAUAUCCUUCCACAGUGGGGACAUAGGUUUCCGGGUGGGAGUUAACCACGGUGAGGGUUUGCCAAGCGUGCCUUCCUCUUAGCACAUUUCUCCCUUCUGUCCUGAGUUUGAGCGUCUUCAAAGUCCAAGAUAGCUUGGUAAAGGCUGUUCUCCAAUUGGAGCGCUUGCAGGCCAGUGUUUCCCUGUUGUCGGUGUUUAUACAACAUAUUUUUAGAUUUGCCUAGAGAGAGUCUUUAAACCUCUUUUGUUGACUGCCAGCGUUACGCUUUCCAUUUUUAAGUUUGGAAUAAAGUAGUUUCUUUGAAAGACAAUAAUCAGGCACCCAAACAUCACCAGUCCAAUGAAGUUGAUGUUGAAGAAUCAUUGCUUCAACACUGGUGAUCUUUGCUUCUUCCAGUAUACUGGCAUUAGUUUGCCUGUCUUCCCAUGUGAUGUGUACAAUUUUUUGUAGACAGCGUUGAUGGAAUCUUUCGAGGAGUUGGAGAUGGCAAUACCCACCUGUCAACAUAAAUCACGCACUUAGGCUGUAGUCUCAGGCUGUCAAAAUCAGUGACAGGGAGGUUUGCUGUUUCACAGGCUGCAGGAUUGCCCUUUACAGCAAGGAUGGGGAAUGUGUGGCUCUCUGGAUGUUUCUGGACUACAACUCCCAUUAUCCCCGAGUCAACCAGUAGCCUUGCUGGCUGGGGCUGAUGGGAGCUGGACUUCCAUUGACAUCUGGAAGGUCGCAGGGCCCCAUCCACGCCUUGUUGUGUUGAUCACACUACAGCACCAUAAAGCAUUGCAGGUAUCCAAACAGGCAGGCAAGAUACAAAUGAUCUUCCAUCAUAAGCUCAGUGCUGGAAAAGCUCCUUGAGCACUUCUACGGGUGGAAAGGUGGGGUCAACCAUUUCUGCUAUCAGCACAGGCCGAGCUGCCGUCAUUUGAGUCCUUGGGAAGAGUUAAGAGUCACAGUCACAAGGGCAUGUGGUAAUGGCUGCCAACAUGCAUGGCUUUAAAAGAGGGUUUGACCAAUUUAUGGAGGAUCAUCAGGCUGUCGGUAGCUGCUAGCCACAAUGGCUAUGUUCUCCCUCCAGUGUCUGAGUCAGUACGCCUCUGAAUGUCAGUUGCCAGGAAUCGCAAGUAGGGUGGGGGCUCUUGCACAUACACCCUGCAUUCAUGCUUCACAUUGGGGCAUCUAGUUGGCCAUGGAUGCCAAACAAGAUCUAGCAAGUCUCCUUUUACGUUCUUAUAUUUCUUAUGUUCUUAGUAUCAAACCAUGUCUGAUCACAGGACAUGGGUGGUGCUGUGGUCUAAACCACAGAGCCUAGGGUUUGCUGAUCAGAAGGUCGGCGGUUCGAAUCCCCGAGACAGGGUGAGCUCCCGUUGCUCGGUCCCAGCUCCUGCCCACCUAGCAGUUUGAAAGCACGUCAAAGUGCAAGUAGAUAAAUAGUUACCGCUCCAGCGGGAAGGUACCGUAUUUUUCGCCCUAUAGGACGCACCUUUUCCCCUCCAAAAAUGAAGGGGAAAUGUGUGUGCGUCCUAUGGGGUGAAUGCAGGCUUUCGCUGAAGCCUGGAGAGCGAGAGGCGUCGGUGCGCACCGACACCUCUCGCUCUCCAGGCUCCAGGAGCUAUCCGCAAGCCUUGCGCACCCGGGGAGUUCCCCGGGCGCGCAAGGCUUGCGGGUGGCAGCCUGCAGCACAGGGGCGCCCUCCGGAGGAUGCCCUGUGCUUCACGCAGGUGUCCGCAAGCCUUGCGCGCCCGAGGGAACUCCCCCCCGGGCGCGCAAGGCUUGCGGGCGGCAGCCUGCAGCGCGGAGCACGGGGCGCCCUUCGGAGGACGCCCCGUGCUUCGCGCAGGUGUCCGCAGCCUGCCGCCCGGCGCGUUUGGGCGCCCUGAAGCAGAGCGCCCCUCGCGCCAGGCAGACAUCGGCCAGCCCCACAAGCUCGGGGGACAGCGGGGAGGCGCAGCGCCGCCAUCCCACUGUUCCCCGACCUGGUUUUGGGGGGGAAAUAAAGGGAAUUUUUUUUCCCUUUAUUUCCCCCCCAAAAAAGUAGGUGCGUCCUAUGGGACGGAGCGUCCUAUGGGACGAAAAAUACGGUAAACGGCGUUUCUGUGCACUGCUCUAGUUCCCCAGAAGCAACUUAGUCAUGCUGGCCACAUGACCCGGAAGCUGUACGCUGGCUCCUUGGCCUAUAGAGCAAGAUGAGCGCCGCAACCCCAGAGUCAUCCGCAACUGGAUCUUAAUGGUCAGGGUACCUUUAGCUUUACCUUUACCUUUAUGUCUAAUCACAGCACAUGCCCAAACUUCCUUUCCCCCCCAAACCUCUCCUGUGAUCCUCCCAAAAUAAAAUAAAAACCUGGAAAGUUAAUGCCGCCCUUUCUCUUUUAUACCUAGAAAAAACGCAGCAGAGAGGAUGCUGUUGGCACAAAUGCUUCCUUCCAGGAGGCGAAAGCUGAGAACGAGUCUUUAAAAAUCUGCUUCUCGGAGUCAGAUGUGACUUUGCCCAGCUUUCGGUCCUCCCCUUUGACCUCAUCGGCCAGCAGCAGGCUGCUGGACGGUUGCCCCGCCACCUCCUCAGAGGCACCGCCAGCCCAGGGGGCCGCCAAGCCCAUCUGCAGCACCCACUGUCAGACCAUCGAGUCAUCCCUGGUGCCUUGCGACGCGUGCGAGAGAGCGCAGCUCAGCCUCCGGGAAGUGGGCAGCGCCAUCAUCGGCAUCUGCAACAGCCAGAACCUCCCGUCGUCUCUGAGCAGGUUCCUGGAGAUGGUGGAGGAGACCCUGGGCCGCAAGCCACUCACGGCUGUGGACAUCAGCUACUGGGCGUCCGAGCAAAGCAAGGACCUCUCCCGGAUCAACAAGCACCUCCGGAAGCUAAUGGAACUUAUCAACCCUCUGAAGGGGGAGCUGGAAGAGUCCGAGAAGCAGAAGGGCGAGCUCAAGAGGCAGCUGGAGACUUUUGACAGCCGCCUUCAGAAGGAAAGAGAGGAGCAGGAGCAGAAGAGGAAGGAGGCGGAGCAGGCAUUUGAAAGAAGGAAUACGGAGAACCUGCAGAUGAUGGCCACCCUGCGGAUGGGCAAGGAGGACCUCCAGAAAAGUGAGCAUCCUUCCCGUCUCUUUCUUUCAGCCAGCUCACAUCCACGCCAUGUAUUUAAAGCAAAUUUGUACCAUUUUCAUAGCCAUGGCUUCUCUCAGGGAAUCCCUGGGAGCCAGUGUGGUGUAGUGGUUAAGAGCGGUGGACUCGUAAUCUGGGGAACCGGGUUCGCUUCCCCGCUCCUCCACAUGCAGCUGCUGGGUGACCUUGGGCUAGUCACAAUUCUCUGAAGUCUCUCAGCCUCACUCACCUCACAGAGUGUUUGUUGUGGGGGAGGAAGGGAAAGGAGAUUGUUAGCCGUUUUGAGACUCCUUAGGGUAGUGAUAAAGAGGGAUAUCAAAUCCAAAUUCCUCCUCCUCCUCCUCCUCUCAGAAGUGAAAUUCUAUGUCACAGACUGGCUGGAUGCUGAGGAGUGGUGGGAGGCAGCAGCUAGGGAAUCCCCAAGGGAACCCCCAGGGGAUUGGAGUAGGGUGAGUGGUCAGAGGGAGCAGACUGGGGGAGGGAGGUGUCAAAAGCCAAAGAGGCAACAGGGUUUUAGUGAGCAGGGAGUCCGUGGCAGAGAGAAGUCCAGCAUCAGAGGCAGAAGCAGAAGCUGGAGAGGAGCGGGACAAAAAUUCUAGCACUUCUCAUGUAUGUUGCACAUAGUCGUAUCUCGGCUCCCGAAAGCCUUGGGAUUCGAACGUUCCAGCUCCUAAACGAUCAGAAAAACGGAAGUGAGUGUUCUGGUUUCUGAACAUUUUUUUGGGAAGCCGAAUGUCCGGCGUGGCUUCCGCUAUUGUUUCCGGUGCACCUGCGAAAUCGGAAACCAAUUGGAAGCUGUGCCUUGGUUUCCGAACAUUUUGAAAGUCAAACGGACUUCCAGAAUGGAUUCGGUUCAAAUUCUGAGGUACAACUGUAUAGUCAGUCCUAUCUUGAAACCUGCCCUAUGGGUGUUUUUUGGACUCCAACUGUCAGGCAGGUUUAAGGGAGCGCAACUGGUUCGGUUGAGUUGCACUAGGUGUGGAGCUUUGGAGGUGCCACAAAUAUAUUGUAGACAGGAAAGUGCAAGGCGGGUGUGUGUGUGCGUGCUAAAUUUUGGCAUUGCACAGGGCACCGCUGAAAUUUGAGACCCCAAGGACUGUGACUGUCAACAGCUACAGCCAGCACAGCCAGUUGUCCGGAAAGAUGGGAAUCAUAGAAUCAUGAUGGAAGGGACCCUGUGGACCAUCGCGUCCAACUCCCUCCAAUGCAGGAAUGUGCAGCUAUCCCUUACGGGGAUUAAACCUGCAAUUUAGGUGUGCAACAUCAUCCGGAGGGCAACAGGUUGCCCAUUCUCCAUUCUGAUACCUGCCAGGCUGUGGCUGCGCAUACGUAUCUUUAGAGCACACGGCUUCCCCCAAAGAAUGCUGGGAACUAUAGUUUACCCCUCAGAGAGCUACACUCCCUCAACAAACUAUAGUUCACAAGACUCUUUGAGGGGAACCAUGUCCUUUAGAUGUAUGGUAUGGAUGUGACCCCAGUCUGUCCCAAACCUUUGAUUCCGAAGGGCUCCUGCGUUUCCGUCUCAACAACGGGCUGUCAGUGCAGACACACCGAGCUACAUGGAUCGAUGGGUCUGGCUCAGCAUAAGGCAGCUUCCUGUUUUCCUCUACGGUCCUUGUUGACCGGUGACAUUGUUUGACUACUUCCAGAAGCUGCUGCCUUGGAGCAGAACGUUUCCACCUUGAAAGAGAAGCUCCAACGGCAGGAAGACACCAUCCAAGGGCUGGGUAAGAGGAACACCAGGCAGCAUUUCAUACAGGCCAUUCCCAAGAUUCAGAACAUUUAAUGUAAUUUAUUUCACAAAAUACACUGCUUGACUGUAAAAACUAACAAACCGGUAUCUUGUUGCAGUCCUGCUAACUGUCCCAAAUAAUAGACCAGUGUCAUUUUCUCUGUACUGCAGAUGGAGGAAAGAGGGAUCAUAGAGGUAUAGAACUGUAGAGUUGAAAGGGGUCCCAAGGGCAAUCUAUUCCAUGCCCCUGCGAUGUAAGAAUCACAGUUAAAUAAAGCUGGGCAGAUGGCCAAAGAGAUGUCAAAGAGAUAAACAACUACCUAACAUUUAGAAGACAUCCAAAGGCAGCCCUGUUCAGGGAAGUUUUUUAAUGUGUGACAUUUUACUGUAUUUUUAAUCUUUGUUGGAAGCCACCCAGAGUGGUUGGGGAAACCCAGCCAGAUGGGUGGGGUACAAAUAAUAAAUGAUUAUUAUUAUUAUGGCCAUCAAACCUUGUUAAAAAUGUCCUGUGAAUGAGAGGCUGCCACCUUCCAAGGGAGUCUGUUCCACUGUCCUUUUGCCAUCGAGAAGUUCUUCCGAAUGUUUCGUCAGAAACUUCUUUCUUGUCAUUUGAAUCUGGUGGUUCAGAUCCUACCCUCUGGAGCAGCAGAAAACAAGCUUGCUUCCUCUUCCACGUGGAGGCUGAGAGAGGGUAGCCAGCCCCCUCCCCAGCCUCAGGUGAAUACCUGAAGGAGCGCCUCCGCCUCCGUCGUUCAGCCCCGACUCUGAGAUCUAGCAUUGAGGGCCUUCUGGCAGUUCCCUCCCUGCGAGAAGGGAGGCUACAGAGAACCAGGCAGAGGGCAUUCUCGGUAGUGGCACCCACCCUGUGGAACGCCCUCCCAUUAGACGUCAAGUAACUAUACAAUCUUUUGAAGGCAUCCUAAGGCAGCCCUGUAUAGGGAAGUUUUUUAAUGUUUGAUGUUUUAUUAUGUUUCUGGAUAUGCUGCAAGUUGCCCAGAGUGGCUAGGGCAACCCAGUCGGAUGGGAGGGGUAUUAUUAUUAUUAUUAUUAUUAUUAUUAUUAUUAUUUUCAUCUUUAUUAUUAUUAUUAAUUGCCAAAGUGGUCUAUAGCGGGGAGCCUUUUUCAGCCUGCUGAAAGAAUGAAUGGAAAUGCUACAGCGCUUAUUUCCAAGUAACUGUGUUGGAUUGUGGCCACUGCUUUUUGCCAUUUAACUUUGAAUGUACAGCCGUACCUUGGUUUUCGAACGCCUUGGUACUCGAACGUUUUGGCUCCUGAAUGGCGCAAACCCAGAAGUGAGUGUUCCGGUUUGCAAAUGUUUUUUGGAAGCCGAACGCCCGACACGAUUUCCGCAGCUUCCGACUGAGUGCAGGAAGCUCCUGCAGCCAAUCGGAAGCUGCGCCUUGGUUUUUGAACCAUUUCAGGAGUUGAACAGACUCCCGGAAUGGAUUAAGUUCAAGAGCUAAGGUACCACUGUAUUUAAGAGCCAGCCUCUGGGACCAGUCUGACUCUUGCUUCCUUGCCUGAAAUCUGAAAUUGCAAACCACUAGUGUGCGACAUGCUGCUCUUGAGCUUUUGUGCAUUCCCCAGAGCGAGCGAAGCGCGAGCUGUUGCAGGAGUUAAGGGAGACGAAGGUGUGCAAAGCAGAGGUGGACAAGCUGAAAGACCAGCUUGGGGUCCUCACGAGCCAACUGGAGAGUACCAAGCAGCAGCUGAAUGGGGCCAUCACUGAGCUGGAGAAGGAGAAGGCCAAAGCUGAGAGCGUGCUCCGGCACAAAGAGGUGUGGCUGGGGGCAUCAGGGUGGGCAACCUAUUCUUGAUGCUGUUAUUUAUUUCAUUCAUCUCCCACCUUUUCCUGUAAGGAGCUCAAGGUGGCUUACAUACUAGUUCUCCUCCCCGCAACCCACCUUCAAGGUUGAUAGGACUGGCCCAAGGUCACCCAGUGAGCUUCACGGCCAAGUGGGGGUGCGAAACCUGGUCUCCCAGUCCUAGUCCAACACUCUAACCAAUACACCACCCUGACAGCAGCCCCAUGGCGGAGGAGGCAGGUCGGAUCUAAUUCCCUGUUGCAGCACAUAGGAAUCUUCUUAGAAUUACAGAAUCAUAAAGCUGGAAGGGACCACAAGGAUCAUCUCGUCCAGGAUCCUCCAGCUGUUUUUUUUGGACUACCAAUCCCAUCAGCCUUGCCCACUGGUCCUGCUAGCUAGGGAUGAUGGGAGUUGUAGUCCAAAAACAGCUGGAGACCCAAGUUUGGGAAACACUGAUCUAGUCCAACCCCCUGCAAUGCAGGAAUCCUUUGACCAAGGUGGUGCUUGAACCCACAACCCUGAGAUGAAGUCUCAUGCUCUACCAAUGGAACUAUCCCAGAGUGAAACCACUGGUCCAUCUAGCUCCGUGCUGUCUGCACUGACUGGCAGCAGCUCUCCAGGGUUUCACGCAGGGAAUCUUUCCCAGGCCUACUUGGGGGUUGAACCUGGGACCUUCUGCAGGUGAAGCAGGUGCUCUACUGCUGAGCAUUGCAGAAUGACUUUAACCUGUCACCCCCCACCGUUUCCAACCUGCCCCUUUGACGUGACCAAUCGGCCGAUCAUUGGCUUUCCACCUUGCAUCUGUUGAGUCCAAACUAACAAGAUCUCCCCCUCUCGUGCUGAAGUCCCUGCAGACCAAGCAAAUGACUCUGAUGAAGCAGCUGGAUAAUUUGGACCAGGAGUGUGAGCAGCUGAAGACCAGCCUGGCUGACAGGGAGGAGGACCAGUACAUCUUGAAGGAGAGGCUGAAGGAGAUGCAGGAGGAGAAGUGGGAGAUCCAGCACCAGCUGGCAGCCCAGCAGGUCUGUAGGAAGUGGGCAGGGUGGGGAUGCCUGCCAUGGGCUCCUCCGGCGAGACCCAGGCCAUGUCUCCCCAGCGCAGGACAAAUUGCACAGAGAAGGAUGAGAAUUCUCAUCAAACUGCGGCGAAAAAUUUCCUAGCCGUUUUGCCAUGUUAAAUUUUUAUACGCCAUAAUCUACACCAGCUUUUGCCAACCUGGUGGCCUCCGGCUGUUUUGGACUACAACUCCCAUCAGCCGUGCUCCUGACAGCCCCAGCAUCCUAUGGCUGUGUUGGCUGGGGCUGAUGGGAGUCGUAGUCCAAAGAAAAGUGAGCAUCCUUUCCCAUCUGUCUCGCUGCAGAAGCAGACAGAGCGAGCGCAGAAGGAAAAGCUGAGCCUGGAGCAGCGUGUGUCUGAGCUGCAGACUACCGUCUCUGAGCUGAAAGAGCUGAUUGAGGAGUUGAAGGACAGGGAGAGGCUGCUGGUCCUCUUCCCGGACCUUCACAUCCCUGUCGAGGCACAGUAUGAAGGUAAGGAGGCCAAGGGAAGGGAGGUCCCCUGUGCCAGGGGGAGGAGCUAAUGGGAGGAAGGGGAGGGGCUUGGAAGUUGCACCUAAGAACACCAUCAGAGUCUGGGUGCUGGAUCUGGCCAAAGGGGACCCACCUGGUCCCAACAUCCUGAUUCUGCAGUGCUCAACCAGAUGCCCCCAAGGGAACCCUGUAAGAAGGACCUGAGCAUCUCUCCCUAUCUGUGAUUUUCAGUCACUGGCAUUCAAAGGCAGACCACAGCUGUCAUGGCCAAUACCUCUCACCAUUAGGUAACGUCUCCUAUCAUUUAGCAAAAACUGUUUCCCUAAACAAAAAUAACAGGAUCAGUGGCAGAAGGUCCCAGGUUCAGUUUCCAGGGCUUUCCUGCCUGAAACCCUGGAGAGCUGCUGCCGGCCUGAGUAUGCAAUAUUGAGCAAGAUGGGGCAAUGGUCUAACUCACUAUGAGGAACCUUCUUGUGUCCAGAUGGGCUCCUGUUGCAGGCCAAGGCCUCCUUAGUAAUCUGAAAGGGAUAGUUUAGGGAAGAGAAAGAGGUUGCUGAGUUGAGGGUCCGGUCUUGACCCACCCCUGUUUCAAUGCUGUGAGCCCGUGAUGCCCAGUCCAUCCUCGCUGGCUCUGUCACAGGCACUGGGGACGUCAUGGAGGACAUGGGCAAGCAGCUGCAGGCCAACAACAUUCGUAUCAGCAUCCUGGAGGAAGAGAACUCGCGCCUCCGAACCGCAGUGGCCAAAAUGAGAGAGGCAGCGCAGCAGGAAGGGCCUAAGGUAACACCAAAAUGGGAAGAGCCAUUGCGAUGGGCGCAAAUUGGGGGGUUGGUUGUAUAUAAAUUGUUUUACAGUGGUACCUCGGGUUACAUACGCUUCAGGUUACAGACUCCGCUAACCCAGAAAUAGUACCUUGGGUUAAGAACUUUGCUUCAGGAUGAGAACAGAAAUCGUGCUCCAGCGGCGUGGCAGCAGCGGGAGGCCCCAUUAGCUAAAGUGGUACCUCAAGUUACAUACGCUUCAGGUUAUAGACUCUGCUAACCCAAAAAUAGUACCUUGGGUUAAGAACUUUGCUUCAGGAUGAGAACAGAAAUCAUGGCGCGGCAGCAGCGGGAGGCCCCAUUAGCUAAAGUGGUGCUUCAGGUUAAGAACAGUUUCAGGUUAAGAAUGGACCUCCAGAAUGAAUUAAGUUCUUAACCAGAGGUAAAGGUAAAGGGACCCCUGACCAUUAGGUCCAGUCGUGGCCGACUCUGGGGUUGUGGCGCUCAUCUCGCUUUAUUGGCGGAGGGAGCCAGCGUACAGCUUCCAGGUCAUGUGGCCAGCAUGACUAAGCCACUUCUGGCGAACCAGAGCAGCGCACAGAAAUGCCGUUUUCCUUCCUGCCAGAGCGGUACCUAUUUAUCUACUUGCACUUUGACGUGCUUUCGAACUGCUAGGUUGGCAGGAGCUGGGACCAAGCAACGGGAGUUUAUCCCGUCAUGGGGAUUCGAACCACCAACCUUCUGAUCGGCAAGCCCUAAGCUCUGUGGUUUAACCCACAGCGCCACCCACGUCCCAAUUAACCAGAGGUACCACUGUAUAAAUAAGUAAAACAGAGGUGUCAUCCAUACCUGAAUCUAAUAUAGAACUCCCCUCGCCGCAGCUUGUUCCUCCAACCCAGCUGUGGAAUCUGUCCUCUCCCCAAGACGGCGGGACGUACACGCCAACCAGGUGAGCGUUCUGGUUUGAAGCAUCCUCCGACCAUGAACAAAGAAAGGCCCUUCCUCAGCCCCCUCUUUGCUUCCGCUCCUUCUGCAGGCAUCCCGCACAUACGAGUGCCCAGGGAGCAGCGCUGAGGCCUCCUGCCAGCCCCAAGAGCCCAGGGAGCCCAGCCCCACACAGAUCUAAGAGCACCCGCAAUGCCUCAAAGAACGGCUCUCCCUUCCGAAGCCAGCAGUCAAAGCCGUCUGCGGGAGAGGCCGCCCGGAAAGCGGCAUUCAUCUUCGCCUCUGAGGAACAAGCCAUCCGAGCCCACGCCCGGGGGAAAGGGAAAAGCAGGACCCCAGGCCACUCGGCCCGUUGCAACAGGAAACACCAGAAAUAACAAUAAAAAGGCCCUGCAGAGCAAGUUCAGAAGGCUGCCACAUUUCCAAAGCAAAAGGGGGGGGGGGGGGCGGCGGCAAAGGGAGACCAAAUGGCUGGACCUCUCCCGGGCCGCAAAUAAUCACCGGUGCAAUACUGUUCCUGUGCUCAGGUGGUCAUGCACCUUUGCAAUGGUGACCCCUCCAGGUGAGCCUCACCAAAGGCUUUAUCGGUAAUUGAUGAGUUCACUGUGGCAAGGAUGCAGGAACCAUCUUUCUGAGUCUUUUGCCCUGCUCUGAGUUGCCAGGUGUAGUAACCUCCCUGCAAAAAAACCCCCACAAUAGCGUGGGGAAUUUGGCUUCCAUUUUAAAAAAUCAACCUCCCUCCCAAAAACACCCCACCAAUUUCAGUUUGUAAAUGACAGAGAGGCGAGAAAGAGAGGAUAUUAGCUUCUUUCCCCUGAAAUCCAGUCCAUUGUGGUAGGAUGGUCACCUGAGCACAGAACUGGCAUUCUUUGGCAGGGUGAGGAAGGUUCUCAAAGUGUGACUGGACCAAAAGCAGACUAGGAAGGUGGGAGUCAGAACCUCAGCAAUAUACAUGUCACAACUGUGAUGGCCAGGAGGGGCUGCGGCCAGUGGAACUUCUCCCUAGAUAAAGUAAUUUGUGUGUUUAGCUCUCCCGCAUCUUCCAACAGGAAAUGAAGUGGUGGAGGGGAUCCUCAGAGGGGAAGUGACCCAGUCAAGGAUCCCCUGCAGAAAAGAAGCAGAUCACUGUAACGCAGAUUUCCAAUUUUUCUUAGCUCCUUUUCUGACCUGGGGGGGGGGGGUAAAGCCAGGUGCUCUUCGUCUUAACUUGGGUGGGAAAGGCCAAGAUCUCUCCCCUGCUAAAGGCUGUGUGUGGAUUCUAGACAAGAACACACAGCAAAAAAGCAGAGUAAAUGGAGUUCAACAUCUGGAGAAUCUCAAUGUUGUUGUUUUUAAAAGCAUGUUUCUAAACCUGUUUGCUGCAACUACAGGCCUCCUAAGCCCCUCUGCCUUCCAGCUGCAUCGACUGCCUCCAGUUCCCCCUUGAUUGAGGCUUCCUAGAAUUAUUUUACAGUAUUUCUGAACCUUAUAACUCGUGCUUCACAAGAACAAAGUAGCUUCCAUUAAUUACAGUUGUGGACAUAAUUAAAAUAAUACCAUGUGCAAUAAAAUUAUGACAUC